AUGUCACAAUCCUUCCAGACAUGGAGUGUCACGGAGCCAUACCUGGACCUCCAUUGCGCGCUUGGCGAGGGCCCUUUUUAUGAAGAGAGCAACAAUCGACUACGCUUUGUUGACAUCAUCAAGAACCAGCUGCACACAAUCGACUUGACACUUGGACCCGAGAGUCUAAAGACGAUACAGUUGGAUAUGCCAGUGGGCGUGACAGCCGAUAUUGAAGGCGUCGAUCCCACAAAGAAGAUUCUGAUCGGCGGGAAGAGUGGGGUGUAUAUACUCGAUAGAGAAACUGAGAAGUACGAGUUGCUGAAGAGAUUCUACGAUACCGAGGAGAAGGAUGAAAGGCUGAGGAGCAAUGACGGCGCGAUUGAUCCCCAGGGCCGGUUCUGGAUUGGCACUAUGAACGACUUUUGGGUUGGAGAACCCCAAGCGGAGGGUUCAAUUUUCCGUUUUGGCUCGGACCUGAGUCGGACAAGACUUCGCUCCUCCCUGACGAUUCCUAACGGCAUCGGCUGGUCGCGUGAUGGCAAGACAUUAUAUUUCACCCACACGACCGAGAAACGCAUCAUUGCAUUUGACUUUGAUGGCGCCACGGGAGACCUAAGCAACGAGCGAGUGUUCUACCAGCAUGAUGGCGACGGAGACCCAGACGGAUUCGCGAUAGAUGUCAAUGGAUACAUCUGGCAAGCAGUCUAUGGCGGGAGCCGGGUUCUGAAGAUUUCCCCAGAAGGAAAGCUCGUGGGAGAGAUCACCUAUCCCACAAAAUGCAUUACAUGCCCUGUGUUCGUUGGGACGGAACUCUGGGUCACCACGGCUGACGACCACGAUGAGACCAAGCCAUACGCCGGCGCAGUCUUCAAGGUUGAUGUUGGUGUCAGAGGCCUUGGAGAGUUCAAAUUUAAGCUGGACAAGGAAAUCUAG